AAACAAAGAAAGUGGGUUGGUGUUGCAGUUUGGUAUUGCCGUUUAAGGUGGCUGUUACCUAACACAGAGAGUCAGAGACGGAGUGACCGAGAAACUAAAACCAAACAAAACCUUGUUUGUUUUCUGAUAUAUAACAUCAUUGACAACAACAUUAACAUCACAAACUCAACAACAUUAUACAUAGUACACUCUCUUUGUUCUUCUCUUCAACCAUGGCGUGUUCAACCCUCAAACUCAACUCUCUCUCGAUCACCAACAACUCCUUCUCUUCACGCCGUGGAUCUCCUUCUCUCUCCACCACUCGCCGAGUCUCCCUCCCGAUCCGCGCCUCUUCUUACACCGAUGAACUCAUCACAACCGCCAAAACUAUUGCGUCUCCUGGUCGUGGAAUACUUGCAAUUGAUGAGUCAAACGCGACCGCUGGGAAGCGUUUGGCAUCGAUUGGAUUGGACAACACGGAGACCAAUCGCCAGGCCUACAGGCAACUUCUGCUGACCACACCUGGCCUUGGUGAAUACAUCUCUGGUGCCAUUUUUUUCGAGGAAACCCUUUACCAGUCAACCACUGAUGGAAAGAAGUUUGUGGACUGUCUUCGUGAGGAGAACAUUGUACCUGGAAUCAAAGUUGAUAAGGGUUUGGUCCCUCUGCCAGGGUCAAACAAUGAAUCUUGGUGCCAAGGGUUGGAUGGAUUGGCUUCAAGAUCUGCUGAAUACUACAAGCAAGGUGCUAGAUUUGCCAAGUGGAGGACAGUUGUCAGCAUUCCUUGUGGUCCUUCUGCAUUGGCCGUUAAGGAAGCAGCAUGGGGACUUGCACGUUACGCUGCUAUCUCUCAGGACAAUGGCCUUGUUCCAAUUGUAGAGCCUGAAAUUCUUCUUGAUGGGGACCACCCAAUCGAGAGGACAUUGGAAGUGGCCGAGAAGGUCUGGUCUGAAGUCUUCUUCUAUUUGGCUGAAAACAAUGUCGUUUUUGAGGGAAUUUUGCUCAAACCUAGCAUGGUUACGCCUGGAGCGGAACACAAGCAAAAGGCUUCUCCAGAAACUAUUGCCAAUAACACACUAACCAUGCUUAGAAGGAGAGUUCCUCCAGCAGUCCCUGGAAUCAUGUUUCUGUCGGGUGGACAAUCUGAAGUGGAAGCCACACUAAAUCUCAAUGCUAUGAACCAAAGUCCAAACCCAUGGCAUGUUUCGUUCUCGUAUGCAAGAGCUCUGCAGAACACUGUGCUUAAGACUUGGCAAGGACGCCCUGAAAAUGUGGAAGCUGCGCAGAAGUCUCUCUUGAUCCGCGCUAAAGCAAACUCCUUGGCUCAACUUGGAAGAUACUCUGCUGAGGGUGAAAGUGAAGAAGCACAGAAAGGAAUGUUUGUCAAGGGCUACACCUACUAAAAAGUUUAGGUGUCUCUUGCCUUUGGCCUUGAGUUGAUUUGUUUUGACUGUUUAUCUACAGAGACUUAGAUGUGUUGUAUUUUUUGUUAACUUCUUCUAGCUAAUGAGUUUGAAUAAAGGGUGCUAGAAAGAAAGCUUUUCUUGGUACAAUUUGAGGUUUUGGGGAUUAGUAUAAAUCCGAAAGGGAAAGAACAAAGGAAAAGGUUUAUUAUCCUUAUUGUUUAUUUUGCACUUGCUAUUGCUCUUACAAAGGAAAAUGUUUACUAUCCUUAUUGUUUA